AUGGUUUGUGGUGGUGACAAAUCAAAGCGAAUUGAGUUCCUCGAACCAAGCGAGAAUGGUUUUACUUCAACUGCUCUUCCCGGAAGCUUACCAUCUACCAAUCUUAAUGGUCUUCUGGUUGAAAAUCGAAUCAUCACUUUUGGCCGUGAUGUACACGAAACUUCAUUACAACGCCCAUGGACGUCAACUGUAUUGAUUAAAGGAGACAUAUAUUGCAACCGCGGUUCGUGUGCUCUCGAACGUAUUGGCAGCGACAUCUUUGUUAUCGGGUAUAGUAGAGAUCGAGUUGAAAGAUAUGACACAGCCAACAAACAGCUAAGAACCCUCACUUCUUUGCCAUAUAGAGUGUCAAACAUGGCCACUGUCACGUAUAAAGAUAACAUAAUCAUCCUAGGUGGAGUAGGUGGUAAAAGCUUCCAUCCAUUAAAUGAUGUGGUGAUGUUCAACAUUUGCAAUCUGGAAUGCAAGCGUUUACCAUCCAUGCUACAAAAGAGAAGUGGCUGUGCAGCUGUGAUCAUGGGCGAUGUGGUCGUGGUUAUGGGGGGUGAAUCGAAAGAUGCCGAAGGACAAACCAUAAGUCUUAAAACAGCAGAAUAUUUUGUGAUUGGUGAAAGUAAAUGGCACGAAUUGCCAGCAAUGAAUCAAGCUAGAGUAUACCCUGCUGUUUGUGUUUAUCCAUAA